AUGCGCAUGGUCAUUGUGGCAGCCGCGCUUCUCGGCAUGCUCCUCGUCCAGGUGGCGUACGGAGGCAAGUGUGACACAUAUGUCAACAGCAAUGGGUACACAUUCCCGCUCUCCAAGCUUAAGAACGAAGCACCGAUUAUCUGGAAGUAUAACGAGCCAUCGCCGCCGCCGCCGCCUGCCAACAACGGUCCGCCGCCGCCGCCGGCCACCGAGUACACGGCGACCUUUAUGAUCUGCAACGUUGUGGACAAGUGCCCGUCGAGUCACUCGCUGACACCCAACCCUCAACCGGCUGCUUGCCAGUCGUGGGUUGAUGAGGGAUCGGAGAAGUACCGGAUCAUGGGCCAGCUGCAAUACACCUCCAUUACUGAUGGCCCGCUCGAGGACAAGUCGGUGGUGGUGACCUACGAGAAUGGUGACCCGUGCUCCACCGGUGUCAACCGCACCAUCGAGAUCACUCUCCUUUGCGACCCGGAACACUCCGGCGAGCUGCCCAAGAUCGUGUUUGAUGGCGAGGCUGAGCACUGCAUCUACCGCUUUACCCUCUCGUCGAACAAGCUCGGCUACUGCCCGACGACGUACAACCCGUCUGCCCCGCCGAGCUCGCCAUCCAAGCACAAGGGCCCGUCCGGCGGUACCAUCCUCCUCAUUGUUGCGGUCGUCUUUGCCUUUGUCUACCUUGUGGGUGGCUGCGUUUACAAGCGCGUCGUCGUCGGCGCCGUCGGCCUGGAGAUGAUCCCCAACGUCGACUUUUGGCGCUCGCUCCCCGGCCUCGUCCUCGAUGGCUUCAACUUUUCGCUGCGAAGGAAGAGCGAGUAA